AUGCGUACCAACAUCUGUCUCCUCGCCGUUCUCGGCGUGGCUCCUGCCCUUAUCGCCGCGGGCCCUAUCCCCCAGGCUGGUGGCAUGUAUGACUACUCUAUCGGUGUUCGUCCCGAGGGCCCUGGCGCAGAGGAGCAUGGUGGCCACGAGGAGGGAGAGUCUGUCUGUGGCAUCGUCAACCCAUGCGAGUACCUUGAUGCCGACAGCAACUUUGACAGCCCUCUUGGCCCGGGUGCGGGAGAGGGUGAGGGCGGGCGCGUCAAGCGCCAGGAACAGAAAGGCCCCUUUGUCUGCGUGAACUGCGACUCGAUCGUCAACCGUGGUCUCAGAUCGUGCGCCAAGGCCAGUGGCUGGCAGGUGAACUGCGACCUGCCCAGGUUCGCCAACCUCAUCAUCUGCGGCGGAGACUGCCACAAGACGCCCCAGCCGGGCAAGAUCCCCCAGCCCGAGCCCGAGAAGGAGCCGGAGCCGGAGAAAAAGCCGGAGCAAGAGGCUCCUCCUCCCAAGGGCGACUACAAGGAGCCCGAGCCCGAGAAGAAGCCGGAGCACGUCCACCCCGAGGGCGGCUACAAGGAGACCAAGCCGGCUGAAGAGCCCGCCAAGGAGCCUGCCCACGUCCACCCCGAGGGCGGCUACAAGGAGACCAAGCCCGCCGAGGAGCCGGCCCACUCGCAGAGCCCGACCUACGACGCCCCUCCUGCCAACUGCACCGAGAAGGCCACCGAGCACAAGUACGAAACCGUCCCCCACGGCAACCACACUGAGGAGGCGCCGGCCCCUGCCCCGACCCACGAGGUGACCCACCCGACCGGCACCUACCAGAGCCCGCCUGCUGCUCCUACCCAGCAGCCCUACCACACCGUCCCCCACGCUGAACAGCCCAAGGAGCACCACGAGGAGCCUAAGCCUGAGGCUCACAAGGAGGAGCCCAAGCACGAGCAGCCCAAGUAUGAGGAACCCAAGCACGAGCAACCCAAGUACGAGGAACCCAAGCAGGAGGAGCACAAGGAGCAGCCCGUCGCCGAGCACACCCCCGUCCACAGCUACCAGACCGUCCCCAUCCCCAGCGCCGAGGCGCCGAAGCACGAGGAGCCCAAGCACGAGCAGCCCAAGUACGAGGAACCCAAGCACGAGGAGCACAAGCAUGAGGAGCCCAAACACGAGGAGCCCAAGUACGAGGAACCCAAGCACGAGGAGCACAAGGAGCAGCCGGCCCCUUCCGCCGAGUACGCCCCUCCUGCCCAACCCGCCGCCGAGGAGCCCAAGCCCGAGACCAAGCGCCGCAAGGGCAAGAUGACCCCGGCAGUUGGUGGUGAUUACGGCCACCGCCAGUAA